CCUGCCGCGAAAAGACAACUGAAGGAAAACAGAGUUGAGAGUAAUAUUCAAACAAGAUUUGAUUGAUAAUACAUUAAUCUCCUUACCCUUCAAGGUUACAUGUUGGAGUUCACACGUGUUUGCUGUGAUUUUACCACAAUCAAUAUACCAUCCCCAGAAUGAGUGGUAGCAUCUUUACCAUAUUCCCACCUGUCCCUGCAGAGGAUUCCAUCACAUUGUGUGAACAGAAUGGACAGAUGGUCAAUGUUCGAGCAGACAGACGUGUACCAGCAAACCGGCUUCCCGGCUAUCCAGACGUGACUAUUCCCAAGGACACAACCAAAAGUUUAUCACAAAGAGAGAAUGCCAAGUCUGCCUUUCUGUCUCAUGAUGAAACUGUUUGGAAAAGAGCUAUGCAUGCUUGGUAUGAGAUAGGGCUGUCUGGUGUAUUUGAAGAAAUAGUCAAGAGUCAAGAGGAAGUACCAAAGUGGACAGCUUCUAUGGCCAGGACAACUUUGACCUUUGUGAGAGGAACAAACUCCCUUCAUGGAUCACUAUUCCCUCAUUUAUCAAUGUCCAAUGAAGACAUCAUAAAAAAGUUUUCACACACGGUGGAGUGGGGUUCGAGUCCUGUGAGAGCCUUUGCUUGGCAUCCUCACACCACAAAAUUUGCGUAUGCCUUGGAGGACGACUCCAUCAAAGUACACAUGGCACGGAAUGACCUUGUGCCGACUUUGAAACACAAACUUCAGAAAAAUGUCUCUGACUUGGCAUGGAGGCCCCAGUCAGCUUCGGUGUUAGCUGUAGCAUGUCAGUCCUGUGUCCUCAUUUGGCAAGUGGAACCCACUUCACUGGCAACAAGGCCAUCAACAAGUUCAGUACAGGUGUUACAACAGAGUAACCAUGCUCCUGUAACUUCUCUGUCCUGGGACCCCAGUGGUUGUGUCCUGUUGUCAGCCUCACCUGUAGACACUGCCAUUAUGGCCUGGGAUGUGCCCAUGGAGACCUGUAUUCCGUUGAGAAGAGGAGGAGGUGGAGGUGUUUCCAUGGUGUCCUGGUCACCAGAUGGCAGCAAGGUCUUCACCGCCACUCCCUCAAAUGUGUUCAGGGUGUGGGAAACCACCAGGUGGAGCUGUGAGAAGUGGACAAAGUGUGUAGGACGUUGCAAGGCUGCCUGCUGGAGUCCAGAUGGAAGUGUGCUGUUAUUUACCACAGAACAUGAACCAAUCAUAUACUCCCUUACAUUCUCUACAUCCCGCAAUGAUAGAAGCACUGUGAUUGGUGGAUCUCAGUCAGCUGUUGCCUCAGUGGACCUGUCAAUGGUCGAGGUGAAAACUGAGGAUAAUGAGGAUAUUGAGAUUGGAGGUCUGGUUCAUAAUAUGGUGUGGGAUUCAACAGGAGAGAGAUUGGCAGUCCUUCUGGGUGGUUGUAAAAACACCAAGCGCAUGGUUGUGUUGUUUAGGACCAAAGUGUCGCCAUUACUUGAAGUAACACCUUGUGGAUAUAUAAGGGGAGAAAACUGUGCCAUCCCUUACCACAUCUCCUUUCAGCCAAACUAUGAUAACGGUGCACUUCUAAUUGUGGUGUGGUCUACGGGCAGCGUUGGCUACGUUCCCCUCUACUUCGUUGCGAGUGAUGUGGUCGAGUUUCAUCGAUUUCAACAGAAUGCACCGAUUUUGAAUGGACAAAUACUUUCUCCAAUCCAUUCUGUUUCCUGAUAUGACUUUGACCUUGAUCUUCACUCACAAACCUUUGAUACAAAUAAAUGUUAAUGCAGUUGUAAAGAGUGCUAAGAGACAAGCUAAAUGAAUUUGCUUGAACUCAUUCACCCCUGAAACUUCAUAAUGAACUAUUCCAACCUUUUUUGGAAGAGUUUAAAUGUGUCUUCAGGGGUGAAUGAGUUAAGAUUGUGAGAGCUGUAAGCUCUUAUCUUGUCAGAGUUUAUUAUGACGCUGAAACCCUAGAAAUGAAAUUUCUUUUGAAGGUAGAGGUAAUCCUUUUUUCCUCUAUCAUUUCAUCUGUCUUUCUGCCUUUCUCUUUUUUCUAUCACAAAAUAUUACAAUGUUACUAGAUUUAUAAUAGGACAUGUUAUCAUCACAUAGAAAUAAUCCGCAAGGAAUGCAAUAUAUAUCUUGUCAUGAACAUGCUAUUCUAUCACGAAAGAUAACAAUGUAACUUGAUUUGUAAUAUGACAUCGUAAUCAUGCAGAAAAAUAAGCAAACAAGUCAUAUUCAUAUUGUACUAUGAACAUGCUAUUUAUCAAUUAUGGACAUUUUUUGAGGUGAAUAUGUGGUUAUAUCAACCUCGGAAAGUGAUAUAGACAGAAUUGAAGCUGAGGUCAAUAUCAGUUUCUCAGGUCCAUAUAACCACAUAUUUACCGAAAUAAAAGUCUUGAGCUGUUAUAUUAGAUGCUAAAUAAAGUUUUCAUCGUUAAAAUGAUAGAAAGUCAAAAAAUGACAAUUGACCAGCUCUUUCUAAAAAUAGGAAGACCCAGUCAAUAUCACAAAUCACCGACCUCCAUGUGAUUAUGACCCAACCAAUGAGGAUGUAGGGAAACUGUGUGUCAUCUUAUAUUAAGGAAAAUAUCGUCCUCGGUCAAUAUAUCUUUUCUUGGGUCGAUAAAUCCAGGUAUCGACCUCAGUUAAAGGCUAUAUUUGAAUUAUACAUCAUGAUGCUUUGUGGAUUGGGAUGCAAGUCAUGAUUACACCAGUAGUGACCUAUGUCAAAUGUAAUAUAUGGUUUGAACCUGAAAUAUAAGAAACGAACAUGAAACCCGCAGUUGAGGAAUGCUGUUUUAUAUGUUAUGAACCUGCAUUUGAGAAAUAAAUGAUUGAAAUGUGUAAGCUAUGAUAUAAACUAUACUAGUAAGAAUGAACUGACUGCCAUCAUGACAGUGCUAUCAAACAAGAUACAGUAAGUAUACAUAAUUAAGCAGUAUUCUACUUUUAGCAUUUUUCUGGACAUAUACAUUGCGCUUACUGAAGUUUCCAUAUGUGGAUUUCAAUUUCAUAUAUUGUGAGCACGCAAUCCAUCAAUGCCUUAAUAUGUAAAAAAUAGAAAUGAUAAAGGGCUAGAAUUUGAGUCUGCUGAAAUAAGUAUGUUUACAGAAUUAUAUGAUAUUGUCAAUGUGCAAUUUUCACAAUGUG